CCAGUAACAUAAUGCAGCUGGAUUCCCUUUGCAUUUUUCAUAUACAGUAUUAUUGUUGUGUACAGUUGCAAAUAUGUAACUUUUUCACAUUUGUUUAUUGAAUGUUUAGGCUGUGUGGCUGUAGUGGCAUUAAACUGAAACAGGCCCACUUUGGCAUUAUGCAGGUUUUGCUGGGGCUAACAGAUGAAGACCUGGAGCUGGGUUUAGGGGUCAGCAGUUUAAUGCAUCGCCGGAAACUCCGCCUGGCCAUUGAGGAUUACAGAGAUGCUGAGAACGGUAGCGGGCUGUCUAAGGCUGCUGAUAUGGACCACCACUGGGUGGCCAAGGCCUGGCUAAGCGAUGUGGGCUUGCCUCAGUACUCCCAGGCCUUUCACAAUCAUUUGGUAGACGGGCGCAUGCUGAACUCCCUCACACGUCGCGAUCUUGAACGUCACCUCAACAUCACCAAGAAGUUCCACCAGGUCAGCUUGCUGUUGGGCAUCGAGCUGCUGCACUUACUCAAUUUUGACAAGGAGGCACUGCAGGCUCGCCGGACACUGUGUGAGCACCAGAAUGUGGAUCCAUUGGUAUGGACUUCUCAUCGGGUCAUCAAAUGGAUCAGAGAUAUUGACUUGAAGGAGUUUGCUGAAAAUCUCCUAAACAGCGGAGUUCAUGGAGCUGUCAUGGUGCUUGACCCCACAUUCAACACUGACGCCAUGGCCACAGCACUGGGGAUUCCCAGCAACAAGCAUAUGGUUCGCCGACACCUUGUUGAGGAAAUGAAAACCCUGAUUGGCCCAGCCAGGAUGGAUGCCAAAAAGGACUAUGAGUGUUUAGGCCUGGGAACACCACUCACCUUGCUUUGUCAGAACUCCCUGGGCAGACCACCCAGUUCUACUGGCCAACACACUGAUGAAGAUGGCUCGCUGAGAAGGAGGGCUGUGAAGCCUCCAUCAGGGCUCAGCCCCAAAGUCCGCAGUAGGCAAGACUUAAGUUGUCAUAACAGCUGUGGCUCCCUGCCUCGGGAAGUGCGAGACCACACUCCACCCACAGCGGAGGGAAGCCCCAUCCGUGAUUACACCAGCAUCGGGGUCACCAAUGUCUAAAGUCGUCAGAGCACAACAAACACCAGAUAUCAGCUUCACUGCACCUAAAUGUAGGCUACAUCAUGGACAUGUUUUUUGUUCUAAAGAUAAGUCUUUAGAGGACUGAUUGCACUUUUUUAAAGGAGCAGGAUUCUUUUUUUACAAGUUUCCUGUUUUUUGUUUAAGACUCACUGUGAGUAGGUGGGGAUGUUUCUGACAGCAGUAAUUUCUCUUCCCCAAAUCCAGAAUCAGGAGAUGAAGGACUCAAGCUAAAUGAUUAUUUUUCUAUGUUUAAAUGGUUCUUUGUGAACCAGGAUGUGACUAGUUGCUACUGACAGUCUGUUUCCCUAAAGGAAAUUAGAUUGAAAAGAUUGUUUGUAUAAUACAGGGUACUUGAUUUAAAAAAAAAAAGAAAAAAAAAUUCUAAGUCUAAUUUCAGUGUGAAUUGUUUCUGUCUCAUUCAGUUCUUCUGUGUGCAAUGUCUUGUCAACAUAGAUGAGGACAAUGGAAAAAGACUUGAAUUGAAUUUUACAUUUAAGAGUUUAUGUUUGAUAGGCAUUUUUCAUCUUGAACAUUUACACUGCUGUGUCUAAACAAAUGUACCACCCCUUCUGAUGUUUUAUACUGUGCAGUAAUAAUGGAAAAAUAUCUGAAGAAUGCCAACGAAAGAAAACUGUAGUCCUGUAUGUUCACUGGAGCCUGCAGGCUAAGAUUAAAGUGCUCCUUUUAUUGAAAUAAAGAUCACGACUGAAAUAUAACCCAUUGCAAUAAUCGUCACUCAGAGAAAAAGAAAAGACCAAUUUGAAAAAAGUAAGAUUAUUUAUUAUAAAAUGCAGGAGAUUUUGUGAUUAAAACAAGAAAAUAAUCUGAGCCAAUUCUAUCUUCUCCUACUGACGUUACAGAUGAUGUAACCUCUUAAAAUGAAUGUCCCACGAGAAUCUGAAGGAAAUUACAUUGACGGGAAGCAGAAGGAUGUACACGCCGCCUGAAAAAUAAAAUCAGAAUCACAGUACUAUUCAAAGCUCCCCUAAGCAAUCAGUUGACAGCAUGGUGACACAGUGAUUAGCACUGGCACCUCACAGCAAGAAGGUUUUGGGUUCGAGUCCCGGCUGACCAGGGGCCUUUCUUUCUCUGCAGAGUUUGCAUGUUCUCCCUGUGCUUGCGUGGGUUCUCUCCAGGU